AGAGCCCCUCAUCUAAAGUUACUUCAGGAGUUUCAGCUUCUACAAACUGCAGUCAUUAAACGGUUUCAGACACAUUCAUAAUUUUACAGGAACACGGACACAUGAAGCCCAACAUUUGGAAUGUCAAGGAUGUUUUGAAUAUCUCAAUGAACUCUGUGGGUGCAAAAGCAGGGAAGGGAGUUGCUACCAGUGACUACUCGAACCUGCCUGACUCCCAGUUUCUGUUUGGAUCUCAAAACUGGCCUGAAAAUUCUCAAAGCUUUUCUCAGGAGAUAAGUGGACAGUCCAGGGGCUCUCGACAGGCCUCACAGGAGAUAAAUGAAACAAAGGUGUCAGCCAUCUAUCACGCUAAACCAACGCUGUUUGGUGAUAGCAAAGUAUCCAACAUUUCAUGUGGUAGAGCCAUGGGUAUGUUAGACAGAUUUGAAGAGGAGAAAAGAAAAGCCAAAGAGACUGAAAUUCUCAUUGGAGUCCGGCAGUUGCAUGAAAGUCUGGAAAAUAUCAAAAAGUCUUUUCUGAACUGCAUUGAUGGAAGUUGUGACAUAACCAGAGCAGCUGUGGCUGAAGGAAUGGAUCAUUUAAAAAAAACAAUUCAGGAAUAUUUUACCACCAUAAAGGAGAGCAUUGCAAAUCAGACUGAACUGCUGAUGAGCCAGACGCAAAGAGAGAUUAAGGACAAUGAGGAGAAGACGUCAUUAGCCCUAAAAGACUUGAGCUCACUCGUGUCCGGCCUCCAGCAGGAUUUGGAAUCACUAAAACUAGAACAAAGCAAAGAGCAGAGUCUGCUUACAGAGAUUCUGUCUCUGCUUGGCACAAUAAUGACUAUUCACUCUACUGGAACUCAUCCCAGCCCUGUCUGUAUGAUUGACAGCGCUGUUCAGACAUCACCUGGUUUGGUAGCUCAGUUCUGCUUUGGUUCAGAAGAGAAGCCUUAUAAAAGCAUGAAGCUGUUUAGUCAACCCUUUAACUACUCAGUGAAAAAAGUAGACCAGUGUAUUUGUCCUUUUAAAAAAAAAUCUCCAGGGAAUCUUUGCAGAGGAGGAUCUUUCCAGUUUGUAAGUAGUCAGCCUUUUGAGAAGAGACGGCGCAUAGAAAAUGAAAGGUCUGACCCUAAUGGCUGGUCUUACCAUCUGCGUUCAGUUACCAACAGUUCUCCAAGCCCAGUGGCUACGAGCGCUAUCACUGCUAUUGUACAGGAUCCUAAGAGGAUUUACAUGGCUAAAGCCCCAGUGCAUGUAGAACCAGUAAAGUCUUUGAUUGAUAUGAAUACUAACAAGUCAGCAAACUGGACUGAAGUGCCCAGAGAGAAAAAAUUGCCCAAGCGAGCACAGAGAAGUCAGAACUUCAGGAAAAAGAAGAAAGCGUUGAUUUUGCCACAGAGGCGUGCUGCACUUGAACAUAGUCACGAUGAGGACCAAGAAAACAGGGUGCCUCAGUCGGUGGUCAAUACCCAACAGAGAACCAGCAAAGCUGUUUCAGCUAAACAACUACCACUGCAACAGCAAUGCACAACUAGACUCAUGAAUACGAGUGAUUGUGGACAACAUCAGGAUCCCUGGUCAUGGUCUGAGAGUAGUAACAGCUCACAGGUGAUUGUGGAAUACAAGCCAACUGAAUGGAAGUCUGUGAAGCCUGAGCAAAACUCUAAUACUAGGCAGAGACAGAGGGUUACCUGGCAGCUCUUUGACUUCAUUAGUGACUCUGAUUAAUUCAAUGCAUGUUACAUUUGAGCUCAUUCAAAAACACAAAACAAACUUUUUUUUCAAACUUAGUUCAGAAUGGGGUUUUUUUGUUUGUUUUCUGUAAAACUAUAAAUUUAAGUUAAUUAUAGUUCCACAGUACAUUUCUUCUGAUUCCCAUAGACACUGCCUUACAUUUUGUCAGUCUUAUAUGUGAUGAUUUUUAAGUUAUAUACUAUGUGUGCAUUUUUUUAUUUUUUGUACAAUUUGGUGUAUUUUUGUACUCCCCGUGUAGCCAGG